AUGCUCCAGUCGACCGGCGAGAUCUGCGUACGGACUGAUGGGCCCCCUCCCUCGAAACGCCGGCGCGUCGCACCCCCUUCGACGCGUCGCCCCACAGCCUACAUCGACCUCGAGAACCGCGGCGAAGAGGAAGACGAGAACCUUGAGAGACUUCUGUCGGCCCUGAGGAAGAAGAAGAAGAUCGUAGUCAUAGCGGGCGCUGGCAUCUCCGUGUCUGCCGGAAUUCCCGAUUUCCGUUCCUCAACAGGCCUGUUCGCGACCCUCCGAGGACAGCACAAGCUCAAGGCCUCGGGCAAGCAUCUGUUCGACGCCUCCGUGUACAAGCAUGAUUCGUCCACCGAGUCUUUCCAUACCAUGGUCCGCGAACUGGCUCAGAUGACGGCCCGGGCUAAGCCGACCCCGUUCCACCACAUGCUUGCGUCCAUCGCCGCCGAGGGCAGGCUUAUGCGCAUGUACAGCCAAAACAUCGAUACGCUCGAUACCCAGAUGCCGCCGCUUGCCACCAACGUCCCCUUGAACGGCAAGGGCCCCUGGCCAACAACGAUCCUGCUCCACGGCGGCCUUGAAAAAAUGGUGUGUACGAAGUGCGGCCACCUGGAGCCAUUCAACGCAUCCCUCUUCGAGGGCCCCGAACCACCGCUGUGCGAGAAAUGCAAGGAGCAGGAUGAGGUGCGCACGGCCUUUGCCGGGAAGCGCAGCCAUGGCAUCGGCAGACUACGACCGAGGAUCGUCCUCUACAACGAGUAUAACCCGGACGAAGAGGCCAUUGGCAACGUUUCCAAGGCGGAUCUGCGGAGAGUGCCCGACGCCGUCAUCGUGGUCGGCACCAGUCUGAAGAUUCCUGGAGUCAGGCGGAUUGUCAAGGAGAUGUGCCAGCUGACCAGGAGCAGGCGUGACGGGAUCACUGCCUGGAUCAAUCUGGACCCUGAACCCCAGGGCGCUGAGUUCAAGGACUGCUGGGAUCUGGUUGUGCGGGGAAAGUGCGACGACAUUGCCGAGCUGGUCAACCUACCGCGCUGGGAUCAGCAAGACAUCGGCGACCGCGAGAGCUACAUGGUCACCGGCGACGAGCAGAAAGAGAAGCGCUGCGCCGCCGGUCUCGGCCGUGACAGGAUAGACGUCCUUCUCGAGCGGAAACGAGCCAGAGGCGCGGAGGACGAGGAGUCCAUUCCGUCUUCGCAAGAGGUGCAACCCUCCGGCGGCCGCAAAUCCAAGCUCCUCGAGCACGGCGGCAUGCCCACGCCGAGCGCGAGCCCUCGCGUACGGAGCCCUCUCCGAACAGUCCAACCCGCGGGCACAGGCAAAUCCAAGCAGAGCACCCUCACCUUUGCCUCCUCCUCAAGUGCCGCCGAGAUGCCUGCUGCCGGCUCUGCACCGCCGCAAAAGCCUGCGCCCAAGCGGAAACCCCGCGCGCCCAAGAAAGAACCGAUCAAGCCCAAAAACAGGAUCGACCGGACCUUCCGAACCACGAAAUCAUCAGCCGCACUACCUCUCAAGGACAAGGACCCCAAACGUCCCCAGAAGCAACACCAACCCGCUUCGAAAGCCGACUCCUCCAACUCAUCCUCCUCCUCGGCCCUCAGCCUGCCCUCCCUCCGCCCCAAGAACCGAGUCGGCAAGCCCGCCCCGCUCACCGUGCUCCCGGGCCCGCCCAACAUCGCCACCGCCGGCGCUUGGCCGACCAAGACCGGCGGGUCGGCCUCCACCUCCACCUCCAGCCCGCCACCCAAGACGCCGACCGGGCCGCCGGACAGGGCCGGCCAGUCCGCCGGCACCAUCUCGCCUGGCUCGAAGCCGAGGAGUAUGGGCCAUCUUAUUGAUUGA